AAAAAAUGUGAGCAGGCUUGUGGUUGCCUGUGGUGGCAGAGUUCAGUAAGCUGGGGUUAAUGCAAAAUGAUAUAUGAGAAUGAUAAUGUGAAAGAGACCAUAAGAAGAGUUCUUGGGAACCAUUAUAAUGACAGGAUGUUUCGCAUUAAGAGAGUACUAGGCCUGACUAUGAGGCAGCAGAUUUUGCCUAAAGAGCAGUGGACAGAAUAUGAAGAGGAUAAAUUCUACCUUGAACCAUAUCUGAAAGAAGUUAUUUGGGGAAGAAAGAGAUGGGCAAAGAAAUAA